AUGGCAGGGGCGGCCACACCGGCUUCUCCACCCUUGGAUCCCGGCUCUUGCUUCGGCAUGGGGAUGGGAAUGGGGAUGGGGAUGGGGAUGGGCAUGGGAAUGGGAAUGGGCAUGUGUCCCCCCACCCCCGGCACGACCGUGUCCACCCCCACCGCCACCCCGGCCACCCAUUCCCCGGUGUUACCCCCGUUCGGAUUCACCCAGGAACAAGUGGCGUGUGUCUGUGAAGUUCUCCAGCAGAGUGGGAACAUCGAACGCCUGGGCCGGUUCCUCUGGUCCCUGCCGGCGUGCGAACAGCUCCACAAAAACGAAUCCGUGCUCAAGGCCAAGGCCAUCGUCGCCUUCCACCGCGGCAACUACAAGGAACUCUACAAGAUCCUGGAGUCCAACUCGUUCUCGCCGCACAAUCACGGCAAGAUGCAGAGUCUCUGGUUGAAGGCCCAUUACAACGAGGCGGAGAAGCUACGCGGUCGCCCGCUGGGGGCCGUCGGACGCUACCGGGUGCGACGAAAGUUCCCGCUUCCCAGGACCAUCUGGGACGGCGAGGAGACGAGUUACUGCUUCCGGGAGAAGUCCCGGAACGUCCUACGGGAGUGGUACGCUCACAAUCCGUAUCCGUCGCCGAGGGAGAAGCGGGAAUUGGCCGAAGCCACGGGGCUCACCACCACCCAAGUCUCCAAUUGGUUCAAGAACCGACGCCAAAGGGACCGGGCAGCCGAGCAAAAGGACACGUGA